AUGUCUUUGACGAACUGCCGCUUCUACGAGGAGAAGUUUCCUGAAAUUGAUAGCUUCGUGAUGGUGAAUGUCAAGCAGAUUGCCGAAAUGGGAGCGUACGUCAAAUUGCUCGAAUACGAUAACAUCGAUGGCAUGAUUCUACUCUCCGAACUGUCGAGACGUCGUAUUCGUAGUAUCCAAAAGCUCAUUCGAGUUGGGCGAAAUGAAGUUGUGGUGGUUCUGAGGGUUGACAAGGAGAAGGGUAAGGCUGGCCUACGAAUUGCUGCGGGGUAUUGGACGCUGACAGGAUGGGCAUUCAGAGUGUCACCAGAAGAUAUUGUCAAGUGCGAGGAACGUUACAACAAGGGCAAGAUGGUACAUUCGAUCAUGCGACAUGUUUCCGAAAAGACCAAGCAUCCUAUCGAGGACCUCUACGAGACGAUCGGCUGGCCUCUGAACAAGAAAUACGGACAUGCUGUAGAUGCUUUCAAGCUCUCAAUAACCAAUCCCGAUGUCUGGCUAGAGGUCUCAUUUCCAAACGAUGUAGUCGCCGAAGAACUCAAGUCCUAUAUCGGAAAGCGUCUCACACCUCAACCUACAAAGGUUCGCGCAGACGUCGAAGUUACCUGCUUUGGUUACGAAGGAAUCGAUGCCGUCAAGACUGCACUUCGAACAGCUGAAUCUAGAAAUACCCCAGACAACCAGGUCAAAGUCAAGCUCGUCUCACCUCCAUUAUACGUCCUUACUAGCACAUGUCUGGAGAAGGCGGUUGGAAUUGCGACAUUAGAAGCAUCCAUUAUUGACAUUCGGAAAAACAUCGAGGCGGCAGGAGGUUCUUGCAUUGUGAAGAUGGAGCCAAAGGCUGUCACCGAGAACGACGAUGCUGAGUUGCAAGCAUUGAUGGAGAAGCGCGAGAGGGAGAACGCGGAAGUGAGCGGUGAUGAGAGCGAGUCUGCAUCUGAUGAGAAUGCUGUAGAGACGAUGUAA